GUUUGAGAUUUCAUUUUUAGUACAAUUUGAACUAAAAGUGAAAAUCUAAACUGAACAAUAAUACUAGCACAGUAACGGUACUUUGAUACAGUGAUACUCCUCCAUUAUCAUCAUCGAAAUUAGUCUUUCUCUAAAUACCUAACUUAAGCAGAUUCAAACUGACUCCAAUUUCUGCCGCUGACAAGUGACCAACACAAGAAUACUUACUUGAAGGAAUAUUCUUUUCCUAGAUUUCCUGCCAAGUUUUUCCUAAAUCCGAUAACUCUGAUUCUCCUCAUUCAUCACUUUACGUUCCCCCGGGUGUUUUGAUCAAUCAUCUUCUCAUCUCUGCCAUCAAAACCAGUCCAUGGCUAAUUGUUUCAGCUUCACAGCAUCAAGAAAUACCUGUUACAAAUACUCGUUUUCUAGUGCAGGCCUAAAGUCAUCCACCACUGACCUAAAAGAUGGCACAAUCAUGCACUUUUGGGUCCCAAAAACUCACAAACAAAACAAGCCCACUCUGCUUCUCAUCCAUGGGAUGGGAGCCAAUGCAAUGUGGCAAUGGAAUGAAUUCAUUUCACCCUUGUCCUCUAAAUUCAACAUCUAUGUUCCAGACUUGGUUUUUUUUGGGGAAUCAUACACCACUAGGCCAGAAAGGACUGAAGCUUUUCAAGCUCAGUGUGUGAUGAAGACCAUGGAGGCUCAUGGGGUCAAGAAAAUGAUUGUUGUGGGGAUUAGCUAUGGUGGGUUUGUUGGGUACAGUAUGGCUCUGCAGUUUCCUGAUGCUGUUGAGAAGCUGGUGCUUGGAUGUUCUGGGGUGUGCUUGGAAGAAAAGGAUAUGGAGGAUGGAAUGUUUCAGGUGAAGAGUGUGGAUGAGGCUGCUGAUAUUUUGUUGCCUCGGACCCCAGAAAAGUUGAGGGAAUUGAUGAAGCUUUCCUUCUAUAAGCCACAGAAGAAUAUCCCUUCUUGUUUCCUUGCUGAUUUCAUUGAUGUGAUGUGUGUAGAAAAUCGUCAAGAAAAAAUAGAGUUGAUUCAGGCAUUACACAAAGAUAGGAAGUUCUCCAAUCUUCCGAAGAUUACUCAAGUCUGUGUUCCUCAUAUUAUUAUGAAAUCUUUAAUAUGUUAAAACACAUGUGUCGCAGUUUCUCACUGAUAGUGCAAUGUUCUAUGCUCCAUGCAGCCCACACUGAUCAUAUGGGGCGAACAUGACAAAAUCUUCCCACUGGAGUUAGGUCACAGAUUAAAAAGGUCAGUUUCCAUUAAAACUGCAUCGCUUACAACCUAGAUGACGUAUCAGAAUUCAGAUGUAAACUAAGUUACCUCCAAUUUCCAUUCUUGUAGUAUAGAAUUCAUAAACUGCAGUCAGUAGGCAAGUCUAGGGAAUGUAUGUCCUAAUGGCUCAUUGAAAUUCUCUUCUUCCUGGACUCUUUUGACUUAAAAAUCGAGAUACUAUAGUGGCUCGUUCACAACUGGAACCUCAUGAUAUCACUCAAAUUUUUAUGUGGUUUCGAUGAUUAAAACCUUUUCAGGCAUUUGGGAGAAAAUGCGGAGCUGGUAAUUAUUAAGAAUGCAGGUCAUGCAAUCAAUAUAGAGACAUCCAAGGAACUUUACAAGCAUUUGAAGUCAUUCCUUGUUAGUCCUUCCCCGGUUUCUAAGAAUGCGAUAAAUGGCAGCAGGAACAAGGAGGACUAAUGUCGUCUGGAAAGUGAUAUCCGAUGUAAAGAGGAUAUGUAUUAUUAGUAUACUUCCAAAUGAUUUAUUCUACAAAUCGAUAUUAUAGGCUGGUGAAGAAGCUAUAUAUUGUGCAACAUUUGUCCUCUGUUACCAAUUUUGAAAGGGUUUCAUUUGUGAUGGUGUUGGUUAAUCUUCCUCCUCUUGCCGAAUGCUGGAAAUUUAUCACUCGGGCUUGAACUGGAAACCUGGAGAUAUUUAUGUUACUAAAAUACAAGCAUUAGUUAAGUUUAUGGCCAAAAAA